AAAUCAUAUUUCGAAGCAGGGGUGUAGGGGUAUAUGAGAUGGUCUGUUCUAUUACACUCGCUUUUCUCAUCGCAAAUUUUAGAUAAAAAGUCUGAUGUUCCCAGAGACAAAACCUGACGCUGCAGGCUGGAGUGGCGAGUCCCGCCCCGCGCGCCUCAAGCCCCACCCCCAGGCUGUCCGCGGCAGUGCCUGAGUGGCAACCAGCGCCGGGGACCUCGAGGGGUCCUUCGCGUGGGCUCCCGAUGGGCUGCCUGAGCGGGUGCGCGGGCAACUUCCGGUGUGGGUGACGAGUGGUGGCCGAAGCAGGGGUACAGCAAGGGACGCUCAGGCGGGGACCAUGGCGGACGGCGGCUCGGAGCGGGCUGACGGGCGCAUCGUCAAGAUGGAGGUGGACUACAGCGCCACGGUGGAUCAGCGCCUACCCGAGUGUGCGAAGCUAGCCAAGGAAGGAAGACUUCAAGAAGUCAUUGAAACCCUUCUCUCUCUGGAAAAGCAGACUCGUACUGCUUCCGAUAUGGUGUCUACAUCCCGUAUCUUAGUUGCAGUAGUGAAGAUGUGCUAUGAGGCUAAAGAAUGGGAUUUACUUAAUGAAAAUAUUAUGCUUUUGUCCAAAAGGCGGAGUCAGUUAAAACAAGCUGUUGCCAAAAUGGUUCAACAGUGCUGUACUUAUGUUGAGGAAAUCACAGACCUUCCUAUCAAACUUCGAUUAAUUGAUACUCUACGAAUGGUUACCGAAGGCAAGAUUUAUGUUGAAAUUGAGCGUGCGCGACUGACUAAAACAUUAGCAACUAUAAAAGAACAAAAUGGUGAUGUGAAAGAGGCAGCCUCCAUUUUACAGGAGUUACAGGUGGAAACCUACGGGUCAAUGGAAAAGAAAGAGCGAGUGGAAUUUAUUUUGGAGCAAAUGAGGCUCUGCCUAGCUGUGAAGGAUUACAUUCGAACACAAAUCAUCAGCAAGAAAAUUAACACCAAAUUUUUCCAGGAAGAAAAUACAGAGAAAUUAAAGUUGAAGUACUAUAAUUUAAUGAUUCAGCUGGAUCAACAUGAGGGAUCCUAUUUGUCUAUUUGUAAGCACUACAGAGCAAUAUAUGAUACUCCCUGUAUACAGGCAGAAAGUGAAAAAUGGCAGCAGGCUCUGAAGAGUGUUGUACUCUAUGUUAUCCUGGCUCCUUUUGACAAUGAACAGUCAGAUUUGGUUCACCGAAUAAGUGGUGACAAGAAGUUAGAAGAAAUUCCCAAAUACAAGGAUCUUUUAAAGCUUUUUACCACAAUGGAGUUGAUGCGUUGGUCCACACUUGUUGAGGACUAUGGAAUGGAAUUAAGAAAAGGUUCCCUUGAGAGUCCUGCAACGGAUGUUUUUGGUUCUACAGAGGAAGGUGAAAAAAGGUGGAAAGACUUGAAGAACAGAGUUGUUGAACAUAAUAUUAGAAUAAUGGCCAAGUAUUAUACUCGGAUAACAAUGAAAAGGAUGGCACAGCUUCUGGAUCUAUCUGUUGAUGAGUCCGAAGCCUUUCUCUCAAAUCUAGUAGUUAACAAGACCAUCUUUGCUAAAGUAGACAGAUUAGCAGGAAUUAUCAACUUCCAGAGACCCAAGGAUCCAAAUAAUUUAUUAAAUGACUGGUCUCAGAAACUGAACUCAUUAAUGUCUCUGGUUAACAAAACUACGCAUCUCAUAGCCAAAGAGGAGAUGAUACAUAAUCUACAAUAAGGGUCUUAAUGCUUUAGAAAAAAGUUAAAAUUGGAAGUCAUUUAAAAAAGACUGUUAUAAUGGUGUAUAUGUUGGGGUUUUUUUUCUAAGCUUCUUUGUCUUAAAGUUUAAAAUAGUGAAUAUGUUUGAGACUCCCUUUGACCUUUCAGUUCCCCAAGUUCAUUGUUAACUUUGCAUUUGCAAUUGGUGCAAAAAUACAGAUUUCUGUCGUCUGAAUACACAAAAAGUUGUGUCAUAACUUACCCAGAUAUGUUUUUUUAUCAUUUGAAACCUUUUUAGCUACUGUUUGUUUUCAUUCAACUAACAAACAUAUUCCAAUAAUAAAAGCAGUAUAUACAUAUUUCCUUUCUACAGUUACCUCUGAUUCUCAACAUUUUGUGGGGUAGUGAUUUGGCAAGUGUUUUUUAAAUAAAACAAAUCUCAUUGUAAA